AUGUCCAAUAAUAUUAAUAGUUUAAAAAGACCCAGAUCAAAGGCAGAGGAGGAUAUAUUUAUUAAAGAUAAAUCGAAUAAUUCUCAACCUUUAAUAACCAAUGUUAGUAUUGGAAGUAAAAAAAAAAUUAGAAAGUUAAAUACUAAUGAAUUCUACGAAGAUUUAACUUUUAAUAGGUGCUUUGAGAAAAUAAAGAAAUACUUGGCAGGUAAUGACCAUAUCAUUAAAGGAAGUGUGAUAUUUAUACCAAUUGAAUUUAAUAGGAAGAAAAUUUAUGAUAUUAAAUUUAACAAUAAGGAGUUCGAUGACGAAGAAACGGAUGAUGAAUUGGAUACCAAUAAUUUCAAAAAUAUACGAAAUUGUAUUAAUCAAUUAUAUAGAUUCAUUCCGAAGGAUAAAUUAACAUUACAUUUCCCAAUAAAUAAUAAAUUUGGUCCAAUUUAUUUACAAUUGAAAAAUUUUAAUUAUUCAGAAUGUUGUAUGGUUAUUACAAUCAUAUUAUCGUUUAAAAAUAAAAAAUGGGUAGCUCCAAAUAGAAUAUCAGAUUUAUCGAUUAUUAAUUCUUAUGAUGAAAAGACUAAUUAUUUAAACUUAAAUUCCAUUUUAAUGGAGAACAUUUCAUUAGCAGGUUCGAUUUAUUUGCCAAAAAAUAUAAUAUUAGAAGAUAUGACAAAUGUUAAGGAUAAAGAUAUUGAAAAAGAUUGGAUAAAAUUUAUUAAACCAUGCAAAUUUGAAAAUUUAAUGAGCUUUAAAGAAUUUUAUGUAAAAUUUUCCAUUAAUAAAAAUUAUUUUUAUUUCAUGAUAAAUUUAGUAAAUUUUUUCAAAAGAAUAAAAUUUGGUCAUAUAAAAAAAUAUAUCAAUCAAACUUUUAAAAAUGAAAUUUAUUCUUAUGCAGGAAUAUUAAAAUUAAACGUUUAUGAAGUUCCCUAUAUAGGCCAAGAUUUAUUUGACAUGAAUAGAUUGAUAAAAAUUAAUAAACCAUUAAUUGAAAAUUCCAAAAACAAUCUGGUUACUUAUAUCAACGAUCUGAUCGAAUAUGAUACAAAUAUAAUAUCUGAAGAAAACCCCAUUAAUCAAAUUGCUACCAAACCUAGUAAAUCUGGUAAAGUAUUAAAUCAACAUGUUAAAUCAAUACCCAAUUCAAAUAAUCAAAGACAAUCUGCAACUCGUAAUACAAAUACCACCAUAAAUACUACCCAGUCAAGACAAUUAGAUAGAAAUAUAAAUCAACAACAACCGCAACGAUAUAAUAGUGGUACAAAUACAAAUCAAAGAAAUUAUCCUGUAGGACAGCGGUAUGGUACUUCUAACAAUGUCAACAACCAGCUUCAGCCUAAUAGGCCAGCAUCCCAUUUUAUGACACAAGACCAAAUCAAAGAGCAUUGUCAAUCCACUGUAAAAGCAUCAAUGCAUUCAAUCAAAUCAAAAUCGUUGUACCAGAUCAUUAAGGCCUAUGUCAAAUGUCCAAGGCAUAAAUAUGCAGAUAUUAUAUACCAAAAUUUAAAUGAUCUUCGUGGUAAAUCAAAUUGUAAUAUAGUUAUUUUACAUUUAAACAAUUUGCAUGAAUCCAUUAAUUGGUUUCAAACAUUAGACGUUUCAAAAUAUACACAACAUAUCCAACAACCUCAUCAGAGUACUGUAAGAGUAAUUAGUAUCGGUGGAACAGCAAAGGAUAUUCUAACUGCACUAGACUUAAUUGAUAAUAUACUAAGUAAAUAA